AUGAUGGUCAAAAGUAUUAAUAUUUUAGCUAUAUUUAUUAUGUCAAGUUUUGUCGGUAAUAUAUACGCUCCUAUAGAUGAGAGAUUUAUACCAUGCAAGGAUAUACAAAGUUGCAAGGCCGAAAUGGUUUCAGUUGGUUUAAUGGUGAAAAACGAAGAAACCGGUAGGUAUGGAAAUGCAAGUGGUUGGCGAGAUCAAGUUAAAGAUUUGGGUUAG